UUUUUUCUUUUUCUUUUUUUGUUUAAAAUGAUUUUUUUUGCUGAAAGUGAGUUUCCUUUUUUCCUUUCGCAUUUCAACUUUCACAUUCGUCCAAUUUUUUCUUCUUAUUUCAACAAAAAAUAUCUACAUUCGCAUUUGACAAUGGGCAGCAGUAGCAAGGACGCCAGCACGAAAAGCAAAUUGUCCUCCAAGAGCGACAAGGCUGACAAGGUCUCAAAGUCGUCCAAGUCAGAGAAGAAGGAAAAAUCGGUAAAAGACAAGAAGGAAAAGUCCGACAAAAAAGAGAAGAAGGACAAAUCGGACAAGAAGGAGAAAAAGGAUAAAGCAGACAAGAAAGAAAAAUCGUCCAAGCGCGAAAAGUCGAGCAAAACAACAAGUAGCAGCGAUAAGUCAACGACUCUGUCGAAAUCAAAAAAGGAUGGCAAGCGGAAGUCCCGUGAGAGCAUCUCCAGCAGCGAUUCGUCCUCGUCUGAAUCGGAAGCAGAAGCAGAGCAGCGUGCAUCCUCAAGCAGCAGCAGCGAAGACUCGGACUCGGACUCGGACUCGGACUCUGAAUCCAAAGCAAACAGCGGCUCGGACUCUGAUCUGCCAAAGGAAACCAAGCAGUUUGAGAAGCUACAGCGGGAGGCCGCGCGCACAUUGCAGAAUCUCGAGAGCGGGCUGGAGAACUACGUCGCGACCAACCUUGAUCUGGUACAACACAUGCACAAGGUCGCAGAUUCGUCGGCUGCUGAUCUCUUGAUCCAGGCAAAGUUCAAAGAGGUGUACAUGGAUUACGUGACCACUGGAUUUGGCGCGGAUCUGGAUGCGUUGCGUAAGGAGGAGGAGAUCGAUGAUGAAGGUCUCGAGAUGCUCGUCGAUGCGCUUGAAACGGGAACGCGGUCGUUUGCGUUUGCCGAUCAAAAGAUGAUUGUCGAAGAAAUGUCUUAGGAUUUUUUCGUGUGACUUUUUGUUGUUGCAAAGUAAAUGGGCCAACGGAACGCGUUUCAUUAAGGCAUUUAUCGAUUUUCCAUGUGCAAAUACGAUAAAACCCCGGGAUCCGAGAUUUAGCUGGAGACAGAGUUUAGAAAAAAUUGUUGAUAUUUGGGCACAUUUGUUUAUAUUUUAACCUACCUCGUUCAUCGCGGCCAAAUUACUUCUUUCGGCUUUAAAACUGAGGCUUUUUGAAAUUGACUGGUGCUAUACAAGCAACGCAAAUCAAAAAUAAAAAAGCAUGGCUGACAGCCCAAUGGAUAAUCGCGCCAUUGUAAGCACAUCAGCAUUCGAACUUGUAUUUUAUUACUUUGCGAUGGCAAUUGCAGGCGUUUUAUUUAGAACAUUCAACAUGAGGAGAAAUGUGGGGAAGGCUCUAUAGAAAAAACUAACAGACUAAUACCAGUUAUCCAGAGCUAUUUCUAAAUAUGGAAGGAUAUUCAAAUGCAC